AUGUCAGCACCCACAAGAGCAGCUCCUCCACCACCGCCAGUAGCGAACGGGGAUGAAGAUCAGGGUGCUUCAGCUAAUGAACGACUGUUGGCAGCUGCCAAACACGAUAACGAAGAGAUGUUUGCGAAUGCUCUGAGUGAAGUGACAGACGUGAAUUACGUUGAUGGACUAGGUAAUACCGCUUUACAUUACGCAAUCAUACAUGCAUCAACAUCGAUAUUGGAACCCUUACUAGAGCACGAGACUUGUGAUGUAGAUAUACGAAAUAGACUACAGGGUGAUACACCGCUACAUAUCGCUGUGAGGAAUAGAUGGGAAGAUCAUGAAGGGUUGAGGUUGUUCCUAGUGGGACAUCUGUUAGAAGCUGGAGCAGAUACCAAGAUCAAGAAUCGAUAUAACCAGAAACCCAUAGACCUCCUUCCUCCACCUAGUAACGAUCCAGAGUCAGACGAUGAGAAGAUCCGUGCGGCUAUAAGAAGGACAGAAGCUGAGGAGAUGAUUGCGGAUAAAGAUGAUAUUGUGGAAGAUGAUGAUGAUAUAGUCGACCCGAACGACGUAGCGUCAGACUCGGAUUGA